AGGAACUUUGAACCAGAAGAACUGGGGAAAGAAAUAUUCAGCCUGCAAUGGUGCCAAACAAUCUCCUAUUAAUAUAGAUGAAGAUCUUACCCAAGUAAAUGUGAAUCUGAAGAAACUUAAAUUCCAUGGAUGGGAAAAGGAAACUCUGGAAGAUACUUUCAUUCGCAACACUGGCAAAACAGUGGAAAUUAACCUGACAAAUGAUUAUUAUGUAAGUGGAGGUGGCUUAGACACUGUAUUUAAAGCAAGCAAGAUCAUUUUUCACUGGGGAAAAUGCAAUGUGUCAUCAGACGGAUCAGAACAUAGCUUAGAAGGACAAAAAUUUCCUCUUGAGAUGCAAAUCUACUGCUAUGAUGCAGAUCAGUUUACAAAUUUUGAAGAGGCAAUUAAAGGAAAUGGAAAGUUAAGAGCUUUAUCAAUUUUGUUUGAGGCUGGACUAGAAGAUAAUCCAGAUUAUAAUCCAAUCAUUAAUGGAGUAGAUAGUGUUAGUCGUUUUGGAAAACAGGCUGCCUUAGAACCAUUUAUUUUGCUGAACCUUCUGCCGAAUGCAACGGACAAGUAUUACACUUACAAUGGGUCUUUAUCAGCUCCUCCCUGCUCUGAAACAGUUGAAUGGAUUGUGUUUAAAAAUACCAUUAGUAUUUCUGAACACCAGUUAGCAGUAUUCUGUGAAGUCCUUACGAUGCAGCAGUCUGGCUAUGUUAUGCUGAUGGACUAUCUGCAAAACAACUUUCGAGAGCAGCAAUAUAAGUUCUUUGGACAAGUGUUUUCCUCUUACACUGGACAAGAAGAAAUUCAUGAAGCAGUUUGCAGCUCAGAACCUGAAAAUGUCCAAUCCGAUCCAAAGAAUUACACUAGUCUUCUUGUUACAUGGGAAAGACCUCGGGUUGUAUACGACACCACAAUAGAGAGAUUUGCUGUCUUUUAUCAACAGUUGGAUGGAGAAGACCAGACUAAGCAUGAGUUUCUGACAGAUGGGUAUCAGGACUUGGGUGCUAUUCUAAAUAAUCUGCUGCCCAAUACAAGUUAUGUUCUUCAGAUAGUUGCUGUUUGCUCUAAUGGUCUAUAUGGAAAGUACAGUGACCAAGUCAUUGUUGAUAUGCCUUUAGAGGACCCAGAGGCUGACCUCAUUCCCGAACUGAAUGAAACUGAAGAAUAUGAGGAUGAAGUCGAUGAAAAGGAAAUAAAGGUGGAUGAAGAAACUGCAGUGAUUCCUAGCACUGACAGUACAAUAAAUCAAAUAAGGAGGAAAGAUUUCCAGGUGACUACAUCUAGCUAUAUUCAAGAUAAAAUGGGGACAAAACCCAAUGAAGCUAAAACAAAUAGAUACUUAACAAGAGAAGAAGAAUUGCAUGGUAAGGAUGAUGUUUUCAAAGCAGUUUAUUACCUUACUUCUCCACCUGCUAGUGAAGUUUCUGAAGAAGAGGAAGAUCCUUUUUCGGAAUCCCGAACAAUUACUGGAAUUCCUCCUCAACUCAUUGGCUCCACCAAAGGCAUAGAAGAAGAAUACAUAUACCUUUCUUCAGGCACUGAACCAACAAGAAUAACCACUACUGUCCAUAGUGAUGAAGAUUUCUUAUUGUCUCCUUUUAAACCUCAUCAAGAAUCUGGUGACUUUUGGAGUUCCGUUCUUACCACUUCUUCAGCACAGUUCGUUACGGAGCAGACCUCUGAAGAAGACACCCUUCCUUCGGGAAGCCCAGAUAUAAGCAUGCAUGAUGUUCUUUCCCAAGGCUCCAUUAAGUAUGUUUCAGAAGGUGCAGCACCCUCAAGCUCUGAUGAGCCACCAAAGCAUAUUUCUUCCACUGAUGGAAAUUUGUGGCUUCGUAAUGCUACAGAUCUGACAACUCAGUCUGUUGAUACAUCAGAUAGCAGGCAAUUGUCUCAGACCAGUUACACUGAUGCUUAUGUAGAGGGAUUAAAGCCAGCUACAGUACCCUAUUCCAGCAGCCCAGUGGCUUCGCAAGACACUUCAGAUGCGGAUUUAGAAUUGCCACAUUAUUCUACCUUUGCUUUCUCCUCUGCUGAGUUAUCACCUCACUCUAUCUCUUCAAGCUCUGGAGAAUAUGGUUCUGCUUCUGCUGCCAGUGAGGUACUCUCUCAGACAACUCAACCAGUCUAUAAUGAGGCAAGUAAUAGUAGCCAUGAGUCUCGUAUUGGUCUAGCUGAGAGUCUGGAAUCAGAGAAGAAGACAGUUGUACCACUUGUGGUCGUAUCAGCCCUGACUUUUAUCUGUCUAGUGAUUCUUGUGGGUAUUCUCAUAUACUGGAGGAAAUGUUUCCAGACUGCUCACUUUUAUUUAGAAGAUAAUACAUCGCCUCGAGUGAUUUCUGCUCCCCCAGCUCCAAUCUUCCCAGUCUCAGAUGAUGUUGGAGCAAUUCCAAUAAAGCAUUUUCCAAAACAUGUUGCAGAUUUACAUGCAAGUAAUGGUUUUUCUGAAGAAUUUGAGGAAAUCCAGAGCUGUACUGUAGAUCUAGGUAUUACAUCAGACAGCUCUAAUCACCCCGACAACAAGAAUAAGAAUCGAUACAUAAACAUUGUUGCUUAUGAUCAUACUAGGGUUAAAUUAACACAGCUUGCAGAGAAGGAUGGAAAACUGACUGAUUACAUUAAUGCCAACUACGUUGAUGGCUACAACAAGCCAAAAGCCUACAUUGCAGCUCAAGGGCCACUAAAAUCAACAGCAGAAGAUUUCUGGAGAAUGAUAUGGGAACAUAACGUGGAAGUUAUUGUGAUGAUAACUAAUCUCGUUGAGAAAGGAAGGAGAAAAUGUGACCAGUACUGGCCUGCCGAAGGUAGUGAAGAAUAUGGGAACUUCUUGGUUACUCAGAAGAGUGUUCAUGUGCUUGCCUAUUACACUGUGAGGAAUUUUACUCUUAGAAACACCAGGAUCAAAAAGGGUUCCCAGAAAGGGAGGUCUAGUGGGCGUAUCGUAACUCAGUACCAUUAUACCCAGUGGCCUGACAUGGGUGUUCCCGAAUACACGCUGCCCGUGCUCACCUUCGUGCGGAAGGCGUCGCACGCCAAGCGCCACGCUGUCGGGCCUGUUGUGGUUCAUUGCAGUGCUGGUGUUGGAAGGACAGGCACAUACAUAGUGUUAGACAGCAUGCUACAGCAAAUCCAGCAUGAAGGGACAGUCAACAUAUUUGGAUUCUUAAAACACAUACGUACCCAAAGGAACUACCUGGUGCAGACUGAGGAGCAGUACAUCUUCAUUCACGAUGCAUUGGUCGAAGCAAUACUCAGUAAAGAAACAGAAGUUCUUGAGACUCACGUUCAUGCCUAUGUUAAUGCUCUCUUGAUACCUGGACCAACAGGAAGGACCAGACUGGAGAAACAAUUCAAGUUACUGAGCCAGUCGAACACACAGCAGUGUGAUUAUUCAACUGCACUCAAACAGUGUAACAGAGAAAAGAACCGAACUUCGUCCGUCAUUCCUGUGGAAAGAUCUAGAGUGGGUAUCUCAUCUCUGUCUGGUGAAGGGACAGACUACAUCAAUGCUUCCUAUAUUAUGGGUUAUUAUCAAAGUAAUGAAUUCAUUAUUACCCAGCAUCCCUUACUACACACUAUCAAGGAUUUCUGGAGAAUGAUAUGGGACCAUAAUGCCCAGCUAAUAGUCAUGCUUCCUGAUAGCCAGAAUAUGGCUGAAGAUGAAUUUGUAUACUGGCCAAACAAAGAUGAGCCCAUAAACUGUGAGAGUUUCAAAGUUACUAUGAUUGCUGAAGAACACAAGUGUCUGUCUAAUGAGGAGAAGCUCAUAAUCCAAGACUUUAUUUUAGAAGCUACACAGGAUGACUAUGUACUGGAAGUGAGGCAUUUCCAGUGUCCAAAAUGGCCAAAUCCUGAUAGUCCAAUUAGUAAAACUUUUGAGCUGAUCAGCAUCAUCAAAGAGGAAACUUCCAACCGCGAUGGACCCAUGAUUGUACACGAUGAGCAUGGAGGGGUGACAGCAGGCACUUUCUGUGCAUUAACAACACUGAUGCAUCAACUGGAAAAUGAGAAUUCAGUGGAUGUUUACCAAGUAGCAAAGAUGAUAAAUUUGAUGAGGCCUGGAGUCUUUACAGACAUUGAGCAGUACCAGUUUCUGUACAAAGCUAUCCUCAGCCUUGUCAGCACAAGGCAAGAAGAAAACCCUUCGGCGUCUAUGGACAGUAAUGGCUCAGCUUUACCCGAUGGAAACGCAGCGGAAAGUUUAGAAUCUUUAGUUUAAUUAACGCGUCAAGUUAAACACGCGCAUACCUGCAUCACCCCAGUUACACCUGGAGUUUACCGUUACGAUUUUCAGUUUUAUACUUUUUUGGGGGGGAGGAAAUCUGCCCAGUCACUCUAUAGAUAAUCAGAUCCCAACCCUUGCUCAAACCAACAGUCAUUUCUGCUACAUCCAACCUCACUGCGGAACUCUGAUCAUUAACAAUGUGUGCCUUUUCUUGAGAGAUUUCUUGUAAUAAGUUGUUACGUCUGGACUAACUUGAUUGACUUUUACAGUGUUUCUAAGGAUUGAAUUGUGGUACGCUUUUUCAGUAUUAGUUUUUGAUUUAUCUGGCUUUACUUUUAACUUAAAAUUAUCAUAUUUAUAGAUGUUAGGGGAUUCUCAAUUACAGACAUGUCAUGGGUUUAGUAUUUGAUUUAUUUGCUGUAUUUAUAACAAUUUACAUUUGCUAGAAAUAUAACUUUUAAUAUAGUAGAAUGUAAAUAAAAUACUGUUCUCCGUAACAUUCCACAUUUUAAGACUUCAAUUAGGUAUUUAGAAUAGCAAUCUGGUACUUACUGUAAAUACUGCUACUUCUGUAGUGAUCCAUGGACCAAAUUUAUAUUUAUAAUUGUAGAUUUUUAUAUUUUACUACAGAGUCAGUUUUCUAGUUCUGUGUAAUUGCCUUGUUAAAAUGAUGUAGUCCAGUAUGUUUUUAUUUUAACGAAGUCUUCUGAUGUCUAAUUGUGCAUCUUAAGCAAUUAACCUUCAUAUAGCUGCAUGUGAUUUUAACUUUUCGUGGGAAAUGGAAAUCAUUUGUUUUGAAAUGACAAGUUUUUAUGAGAAUAACACCUGUACUUGGCAUUGUUAAAAUUGUUUUUACCUAUGGCAUUGCAAAAAUAAAUACAAAUA